GUUGCAACUGCAGCUUUAAAUAACUUCGCGCCAUAGUCUAUGCUGGCGAAACUCGGAAUCAUUGACAACAGUGCAACAUAAACGACACCUAUGUUCUUUAUGCCACAAGAUAUCAAUUUGACUGCACAGCGUCUCAACUCUUCUCUUCCUGUUUCAGAAAAUCUUCACUCCAACUCUCUCCUCUCCAUCCUUUAGACUGUUGGAUUUCACCGGCCUCACUGAAGCAAAUGAAGCAGUUUGAAUCUGCGCUUCAGUCUCCGAGACCAUUAAGCCCCGCCUCUUCAGGUGAAGACAUGAAGACAGAACCUGUGACGGACAGCACAGAUUACACAGGGCUGGAGCUCAGAUCCUGUCUGAUUAAAAGUGAAGACGCAGAGGAGAGUAUAGAGGGGAAGAAUGGAUGUGGGAUGAGCAGGGAGGAAGAACUCAUUCUCUCCAACAUAAAGGAAGAGGAGAAGGAGGAAGGUGGGGAGAGGCAGAGGGAGGAAGUGAAGACGGAGGAUGGUGUGAAAGAUGAAGAGGUUGAAGGCAAAAAAGAAGAAAAUGAUGAACCGGUAUUGGGAGGUAAAAUCAACCAAACUGCCAGAGGGCUGAACGAAGAUGGAACUCCAGACUGCGAGGAACAGGAAGAGGGCCUGUCCACUUCCUGCCUGCUGAACCGGCAUGAAGCGCCCCACCCUGGAUCUCCCGUCAUCUCCAGCGAAGGCUCUGCAGGGCAGCUUCACCUGCUCGUUGAGAUGGUUCACCCAGAGGAGCACAGCAGGAUUAUGAGGUCUUGUUUAACGUCAGAGGUGGCGAUCACAAGCACGGUGUCCCAAGCAGGAGUGGAUCUAAAGGACAAUUCAAUCAAGUCGUUGAAGCAGACUCCGUUUCCGUGGCGACCGUUGCGCGACCGGCUGACGGUCAAGGAGCUCGGACCGGACCGGCCCGACCUGAACCUCAAGCAGCAGUCGGGGUGUCGGGGACGGCAGUACACCCGGACCUUCUCACGGUCCUGGUAUGACAAGAAGGCCUGGCUGGCUGGGUGUGGCGAGAGCAACGCGCUGUACUGCUUCCCGUGUCUGCUGUUUCAGACGGCCGGCAGCGACGUGGUCUGGACUCACUCGGGGGUGACGGACCUGAAGCAUCUCCCGGACAAAUGCAAGAAGCACGAGCUGAGCAGGAGCCACAUGGAGAACUACCUGAGCUUGGCCAUGUUUGGGAGGCCGAACAUCGCCGCGCAGCUGGACGAGGGGCACCGGGUCGGUUUAAGGAAGCAUAACGAGGAGGUUACGAAGAACCGGCGCCUCUUAUCCAAGAUCGUAGACCGUGUGAAAUCGUGCGGGGCCUUCGAGCGGGCCGUUCGGGGGCGGGGUGAGACGCGGACCUCUGAAGACCCCGGUGUGUUCGGGGGAUCGGUGAAUUUCGACGCCGCACUGGAUGAAGUGCUGGCGGAGCACCUUGGGAACGGCGCUUGGUUUCCGGGGUCCUCCCACGCGUUUCCGGGGUCCUCCCACGCGCUGCGGGACGAGCUGCUGGACUGCAUGCUGGCGGUGCUCCAGGAGCACAUAAUCGGGGAAAUCGGCAGCGCGGAUUUUCUGUCGAUCCAAGCGGAUGAGAUCAUGGACGCGUCCGCGCGAUGCCAGCUGGUGGUGCUGGUGCGUUUCCUGGACAAGGCGCACGACGUCCAGGAGCGGCUCUUUGAGCUGAUCCCCCUGCGGAGCGCCACGUCCGAGUCCGUGUCCUCCGCCCUCCUGCAGCGCCUCGCCCUCAUGCUCCCGGGGGACCAGAAGGGUAAGCUGAUCUCGCAGGCGUACGAUGGUGCCCGGGGGGCGACGGGGGGCAUACAGCAGAAGAUCCAGGAUGUCUAUGAGAACGCGCACUACGUCCACUGCUACGCCCACCGGCUGGACCUGAUCAUGCAGCAGGGCACCUCGCACCUCACCAGGGUCAGGCAGUUCUUCUCCGACCUCGGUGGGUUCGCCAGCUUUUUCUCGAGCUCUCCGGAGAGAACGGGCGUGCUCGAUAAGACGGCGGCCCGCCGAACACCCAGAGCGGGCGCGGGGAGGUGGGACUUCGACAGCCGCGCGGUCGGCACUGUGUUCGAGCGCAAGGACGACCUGAUCCAGUGUCUGGAGACGAUCAGAGACUCGGGUGAAUUUGACUCCGCGACCAUCAGGGAAGCGGGCGGAUUUCUGAGGCUCCUGGAGGACGUACACUUCAACUUUUUUCUGACUCUGUUCCACAACAUCAUGCCACAUGUGGACAUCCUGUACGCUAAGCUCCAGAAAAGGACUCUGGAUUCUGCCCAUCUCCAAGGGAGCAUCCACAAGUUUACGGAGGACAUACAAAAGAUCAGAGAUUCUCUCCCUACCCUGUGUGGGCAACACGGUGUUAGUGGCUCUCAGCAGCCGGGGAAGAGGCAGCGGUGUCUGGGUCCAGGGGAACAUGAAAUACUGGCUGCAGAGGUAUGUGAUGCCGUGCUGGGACAUGCCAAGGAACGCUUCUCCUUCACGAAGCACCUGGUCAGUGCCACCCUGCUGCACGGGGAGAUGUUCCCACACUACCGCGGGGCGUUUCCCGAGGCUGCACUCAGCGCCUGCGUCAGCGCCUACCCCGUUCUCAACAAGGGCAAGCUCAAGUCCGAGCUCAGCUUCCUCUACAGCCACGAUGACUUCAAAGCCUGCCGCCGUGCCCUGGCCCUCUUCCGGCUGUUCAUGGACAACGGUCUCCAGGACACCUUCUCGGAGACCGUGACCCUGCUGAAGAUCCUCAUCACCACCCCCAUGACCACUGCGGAGGCCGAGAGGGGCUUCUCGACCCUGAGACGGAUCAAGGCCUUCUUGAGGAACACCGUGGCCCGGGAAAGACUGAACGCCUUGGCCAUGCUCUCCAUGGAGCAGAGGAUGGUGAAUGACGUGGUUGAUUUCAACCAAAAGGUUAUUGAGAAAUUCGCUGCGCAGGAAGGGAGAAGAGCUGAAUUUAUGUACAAGUAAGCCUGCAGGUGCACUUUUUGGCCACAGGGUGGCACUGCUCUUUGAAUACACUGGCUGCUGAGCAUUAGCAUAUUACUUGUACUUGGGACUCUGGUACCAUCAAAAGAGCAUCAGACACAUUUUACAUUGCAUUAUUCAUCCUGUACAGUUUACUAGCCUCCAAAGUUAAGGAUUGUUAAAAUAAAUGUUUUUGUACAUUA